AUGCAAUACGUCAGGAGCUUAGGCGACUCCGUGUCGACGGCAUGGAACUCGAUCAAUCCAGCAACCCUCAGCGGCGCCAUCGACGUCAUCGUCGUUGAGCGAGAAGACGGCACGCUGGCCUGCUCGCCCUUCCACGUGCGCUUCGGCAAGUUUUCCCUGCUGCGGCCGUACGAGAAGAAGGUCGAGUUCAAGGUCAAUGGCGUCACCCAGCCGUAUCCGAUGAAGGUCGGCGAGGGCGGCGAGGCCUUCUUCGUGUUCGAGACGACCGAGAAUAUUCCGCAGAGCUUGCAGACAUCGCCGUUGGUCUCGCCUGCGUCGAGUCCCAAGCUGAAUGCCCAGCAACCGGGGCAGCCGACACUGCAGGAGCCGGACGCGCUCAGUUUGAAUGAGGGGGGUGUAGCGAAGGCGAGGUCGGCGAGUUUUACAAAGCCGAAUCCGGGGUUUAUGUGGUCGGUUGGGCGAGAUGGAUUGAUUACGCCUCGAUCCACAUCGCCAGAGCUCAGAGAUGAUUCGCCUCGUGCCGGACGAGGUUCGUCGAGUGACCAAGAGUCGGCAGUAGGCGAGAGUCCUAGAAGGUCCCGCAGCCCACCACCGCUGCCCCCUGAAGAAGCUCUGCGAAGGGCCAAGAAUUUGUCAAGAGAGCUCUCGGCCGUCAACAUCCCAACCCACGUCACCGAAACAGGCGACCUGAUGCUCGACAUGACGGGCUUUAAGAACAACGAAGAAGACGCCCUACGCGCCGAGAUCCUCGCCCGCAAGGUCCUCUCCGAAGAACUCGACGGCAACUACGACAUCGGCGCUCUCUUCGGCGUUGACGAGAACGGCAAUCUCUGGAUUUACAGCAGCGAAGAAGCCAAGGACGCCGCCAUGAAGCGCGCCAUGGAGUCCUCCCUGCGCGGCACCUCCAACGUCGCCAGCGACGCCGUCUCCGACCCAGGUUACCAAAGCGACAGCAGCGACGCCACGGCCUCCCCUAGCGCGGCUAGCCACCGCCGCUCCGAGUCCGACCUGGGCCAGUCGGCUUUGCAAACCCCGCCUAGCUCGCCGGGUACCUCAGCCGCCGCCGGCGACGUCGCCUCCUCCUCCUCCUCCUCGGGCUCAGGCGACCCCAACCGCAACUACGCCAAGACGCUCCGCCUGACUAGCGACCAGCUGAAGGCCCUCAACCUCAAGCCUGGCGAAAACACCAUGUCCUUCACCGUCAACCGCGCCACCUGCAACGCCUUCAUGUACCUCUGGAAGUGGGACACGCCCGUUGUGAUCUCCGACAUCGACGGCACCAUUACCAAGUCCGAUGCCCUGGGCCACGUGCUCAACAUGAUCGGCCGCGACUGGACCCACGCCGGCGUCGCCAAGCUCUACAGCGACAUUGCCGCAAAUGGCUACAACAUCAUGUACCUGACGAGCCGAUCCGUCGGGCAGGCGGACAGCACUCGUGCAUACCUGGCGGGGAUACAGCAGGAAGGGUAUCGCAUGCCGCGGGGUCCGACGAUCCUCAGUCCGGAUCGCACGAUGGCUGCGUUGAGGAGGGAGAUUUAUCUAAGGAAGCCACAUAUUUUCAAGAUGGCUACUCUACGAGACAUCCGGAGUUUGUAUGGACCAGGAAAGAGCCCGUUCUAUGCUGGAUUUGGCAACCGAUUGACGGAUCAGAUCUCAUAUCGAACGGUAGACGUGCCAAGGACGAGGAUUUUUACGAUCAAUUCCAAUGCGGAGGUUAGUCUGGAUUUGUUAACGCUGAGCAAGAUGCGGACGAGUUAUGUCAGUAUGAGUGAGGUCGUGGAUCACUACUUCCCUCCUGUGGCGACACUGUUGAAGGACGGCGGGGAGGAGUUUACGGAUUUCAAGUACUGGCGGGAGCCGGUGCUGGAGCUGGAUGAGUUUUCGGACAGUGAGAGUGAUGGGGAGGGACAGAAAAGAAAAGGGGGGGAGAGUGAAUAUGAGGAUGAGGAUGAAUACGACGAAGAGGAGGAUGAGGAGUAUGAUGAUGAGGAGGAAUACGAAGAUGAAGAGGAGGUGGAUGAAGAAGAGGAUGAGGAGGUUGGGGAAGGAAUGGCGGAUAGUUAUAUGUCGAGGGGAUCGGCUGCUGAAGAAGAAGACGAGUAUGAGGAAGAGGAAGAAGAGGAAGAGGAGGAAGAGGAGGUUGAAGAAGAGGAAGAGGGAGAGGCGGUUGCCGAGGCGAACAAGGAAGAGCAUGAUGUCAGCGCUGAGCUGAUUACGGGGGUUAAGAACUUGAAGACGAAAUAG